AUGGCGAAGAAGACUUUCAGCAAAUUGGAGAUAAUCCUUAGUGUUCUGCUCGUGGCAUUGUUCAUCAUCUCUGUUGUCCUGAUUGUGCUUUUAGCUACAAAUACUCUGGAAGCUAGCACUACUUCAAGUCCUGAGACAACAAGGACAGCCUCUACUUCCACGACUUUAACUCCAGUAUGCCAUGCAGUAAACCUGUCGGAAAGGAUCAACUGCAUCCCUGAUCAAACACCAACACAGGCCGCAUGUAACCAGCGUGGUUGUUGCUGGAGCCCUGAGGGACCAGUAAAUAUGCCCUGGUGCUACUUCUCAAAGCAGUAUGGCUAUCAGGUAGAAGGUAGUGCAAACACCAGAGCAGGGUUCACAGCCCAGUUGAGCAGACUGCCUACCCGCUCAAUGUUUGGAAGUGAUAUUGCCAGUGUCAUCCUUGAAGCAGAAUACCAGACAUCCAAUCGUUUCCACUUCAAGAUCAGUGACCCCAGUGAUGCCAGAUAUGAGGUCCCUCAUGAACACGUCCAGCCAUUUACUGGAAACGCAGCUAAUAAUUUGAACUAUCGUGUGGACAUUGAAAAAGAGCCAUUUAGCAUCAAAGUUAUUCGGAAAAGCAACAACCGUGUUUUAUUUGACAGUGGUAUUGGGCCCCUCCAGUUUGCUCAGCAGUACCUGCAGCUCUCCAUCCAGCUACCCAGUGCUAAUGUGUAUGGCCUAGGGGAGCAUGUGCACCAGCAGUACCGCCAUGAUAUGGAUUGGAAGACCUGGCCCAUCUUCUCUCGGGACAAUACUCCUAAUGAUGGCAUGACUAACUUGUAUGGAGCUCAGACGUUUUUCUUGUGCCUUGAAGAUACAAGUGGACUAUCCUUUGGAGUUUUUCUGAUGAACAGCAAUGCCAUGGAGGUUGCCCUUCAACCUGCCCCAGCAAUCACUUACCGAGUCACUGGGGGUGUUCUGGACUUUUAUGUCUUCUUAGGGAACACUCCAGAAGAGGUUGUUUGGGAAUACCUUGAGCUUAUUGGAAGGCCACUCUUACCAUCGUAUUGGACUCUUGGAUUUCAUCUCAGUCGUUGGGUGUACGGAGGUUUGGAUGGAAUGAAGGAAGUUGUGGAGAGAAACCGAGCUGCUCAGCUGCCUUGUGAUGUUCAGUACUCUGAUAUUGACUACAUGGAUGAGAAGAAGGACUUCACUUAUGAUAAAGUACUAUUUAGGGACCUACCUGAGUUUGCUAAAGAUUUACACAACCACGGACAGAAAUAUGUCAUUAUUAUGGAUCCAGCCAUUGCCACUGACUCUCCCAACUAUGGCCCUUAUAUCCGGGGCUCAGACAUGAAGAUAUGGGUCAAUGCAUCAGAUGGAGUGACACCACUCAUUGGGAAGGUAUGGCCAGGUAAGACGGUCUUUCCAGACUAUACCAACCCAAAGUGUGCCCAGUGGUGGGCAGAGGAAUUCAGACUUUUCUACGAUGAGAUAAAGUUUGAUGGAAUCUGGAUUGAUAUGAACGAACCCUCCAACUUUGAUGAUGGUUCAUCUACAGAAUGCUUAUAUAGUAACCUGAACUAUCCCCCAUUUACUCCUAGAAUACUAGACCACUUUCUGCCUGCCAAGACCCUUUGCAUGGAUGCAGUUCAGCACUGGGGCAAACACUAUGAUGUCCACAAUCUGUAUGGCUACUCCAUGGCAAUUGCAACAGAAGAGGCUGUAAAAACAGUCUUCCCUAAUAAAAGAAGCUUUAUUGUGACACGCUCAACUUUUGCUGGGUCGGGCAAAUUUGCAGCUCAUUGGCUGGGGGACAACGCAGCCACGUGGAAUGACCUUCGUUGGUCUAUACCUGGCAUGCUUGAGUUCAACCUGUUUGGUAUCCCUAUGGUGGGCCCUGACAUCUGUGGUUAUGCUAAUGAUGCCUCAGAAGAACUAUGCAGGCGGUGGAUGCAGCUUGGGGCAUUUUAUCCAUUUUCAAGGAAUCACAAUGGUCAAGGGUAUAAGGACCAGGAUCCUGCUGCAUUUGGAGAAGAUUCUCUUCUUUUGAAUACCUCCAGACACUAUCUGAACAUCCGUUAUACUCUGCUGCCAUAUCUCUAUACCCUCUUUUUCAGAGCUCACACUAGGGGGGACACUGUAGCCCGGCCUCUUCUACAUGAGUUCUAUAAUGACAAUUAUACUUGGGAUGUAUAUAGACAGUUUCUGUGGGGGCCUGGACUUCUCAUCACUCCUGUUCUGGAUGAGGGGGCUAGGAACGUGACAGCAUAUAUGCCUGAUGCUAUCUGGUAUGACUAUGAAACUGGUAACCAAACAUCGUGGAGAAAAGAAAAUGUUGAGAUGUUACUCCCACCAGACAAAAUUGGACUCCAUCUUCGAGGGGGAUAUAUUUUCCCCACGCAGCAGCCAGCCAUCACCACAGUAGCCAGCCGAAAGAAUCCUCUUGGUCUUAUCAUUGCCCUCGAUGACAAUAAGAAAGCUAGAGGAGAACUUUUUUGGGAUGAUGGAGAAACUAAAGGUACUAUAGAGAGUGGUGCCUACAUCUUGCAUGAGUUUUUGUUCACCCAAAACCAUUUGGAUGUGAAGGUUUUGCAUCAAUCUGACAUUAAUGCAAAUAAUUUAGCAUUUAAGGAGAUUAAAAUCCUUGGGACAGAGGAACCUACCAACAUCAGUGUGAAGAAGAAUAAUGUUCUCAUUGAAUCUUCUCCUAAUGUCACUUACAUUGAAAAUCUAAAGGUUGCCAUCAUCUCAGGGCUUGAACUUUCCUUGGGAGGAGAAUACACUGUGGAAUGGAGUUUCAAAUUCAGAGAUGUAGACAAAAUAGACUGUUAUCCUGAGGACCAGGCAGUCUCUGAAGAAAACUGCAAAGCUCGUGGCUGUGCCUGGGAGUUGCCCAGUUCUCCAGGAGUUCCUAGCUGCUAUGUCACCAAUUUCUUCUACUCUGUCAGUAACAUUCAGUACAACCCAACGGGCAUUACUGCUGAUCUCUUCUUAGAUUCAGCUCUCUAUCCUCCCAGCCUGCCCUCUACCCCCGUGAAUCCUCUCCGUUUGAAUGUCACCUACCAUAAGAAUGAUAUGCUGCAGUUUAAGAUCUAUGAUGCCAAUAGCAAAAGGUAUGAGGUCCCAGUGCCCCUCAACAUCCCUAGCUCUCCCUCUGACACCUCUGAGAAUCGGCUUUAUGACGUUUUCAUAAAGAGCAAUCCUUUUGGGAUUGAGAUCAAACGUCGGAGCACUGGCACAACAAUUUGGGAUUCUCAGAUCCCUGGCUUCACCUUUAAUGACAUGUUCCUACGCAUCUCUAACCGCCUCCCAUCCCAGUACAUCUAUGGCUUUGGGGAAACAGAGCACACGACAUUCCGGAGAAAUAUGAACUGGCACACAUGGGGAAUGUUUGCGCGAGACCAGCCCCCAGGGUACAAGAAGAAUUCCUAUGGUGUGCACCCCUAUUACAUGGGCCUGGAGGAGGAUGGCAAUGCCCAUGGGGUCCUCCUGCUCAAUAGCAAUGCCAUGGAUGUGACUUUCCAGCCCACCCCUGCACUGACAUAUCGUACUGUGGGAGGUAUUCUGGACUUUUACAUGGUUUUGGGGCCAACCCCAGAGCUCGUCACUCAGCAGUACACAGAGUUGGUUGGGCGGCCAGUGAUGACACCUUACUGGGCCUUAGGGUUCCAACUUUGUCGCUAUGGAUACCAGAAUGAUGCUGAAAUUGCUGAACUUUAUGAUGCUAUGGUGGCAGCCCAGAUCCCUUAUGAUGUGCAGUAUGCAGACAUUGAUUACAUGGAGCGGCAGUUGGACUUUACUCUCAGCCCCAAGUUUGCUGGCUUUCCCAAUCUGAUCAAUCAAAUGAAAGCAGCUGGGAUGCGAGUCAUCCUUAUUCUGGACCCAGCCAUUUCUGGCAACGAGACCCAGCCAUAUCCUGCAUUCACUCGUGGACUCCAGGAUAAUGUGUUCAUCAAAUGGCCAGAUGACAGCGACAUUGUCUGGGGAAAGGUCUGGCCAGAUUUGCCCAAUGUCAUUGUCAAUUCAUCUAUUGAUUGGGACAUUCAAGUGGAGAUAUACAGAGCUCACGUUGCCUUCCCAGACUUUUUCCGUAAUUCAACAGUCACGUGGUGGAAGCGGGAAUUGCUAGAACUCUACAGCAAUCCCAAUGAGCCACAGAAGAGCCUGAAAUAUGAUGGAAUGUGGAUUGACAUGAAUGAACCAGCAAGCUUUGUGAAUGGAGCAGUUCCUCCAGGCUGUAUGAGUACCAUGCUUAACCAUCCUCCAUAUAUACCCUAUCUGGAAUCAAGAGACAGAGGCCUGAGCAGUAAGACCCUGUGCAUGGAAAGUCAGCAGUUCCUGCCUGAUGGAAGCCCAGUGAGGCACUAUGACGUGCACAAUCUCUAUGGCUGGUCCCAGACAAAGCCCACAUAUGAGGCUGUGCAGGAGGCCACAGGAGAGAGAGGAAUCGUGAUCACUCGCUCAACCUUUCCCUCCUCGGGACGCUGGGCAGGACAUUGGCUGGGAGACAACACGGCAGCAUGGGACCAGCUCUAUAAAUCCAUUAUUGGCAUGAUGGAGUUCAGUCUCUUUGGAAUAUCCUAUACAGGAGCUGAUAUCUGUGGGUUCUUUCAAGAUGCUGAGUUUGAGAUGUGUGCUCGCUGGAUGCAGCUGGGAGCCUUUUACCCUUUCUCUAGGAACCACAAUACACUUGGGCCCAGGAGACAGGAUCCAGUGUCUUGGAAUUCUACCUUCGAGGAUCUCUCAAGGAGUGUCCUUCAGAUAAGAUAUACCCUCUUGCCAUAUCUCUACACCCUCAUGCACAAGGCUCAUGUUGAUGGCAGCACUGUUAUCCGGCCGCUUCUCCAUGAGUUUGUAGAAGACAGUAAAACUUGGGACAUAUUCCAUCAGUUCUUGUGGGGACCAGCCUUCUUAAUCAGCCCUGUCCUGGAACCUAAUGCCAGGCAGGUGUCUGCCUACUUCCCCAAAGAUCCCUGGUAUGAUUACUACUCGGGCUCAGAUAUUGGAGUGAGGGGAGAGUGGAAGGACCUGCCAGCUCCUCUUGACCACAUCAAUCUCCAUGUCCGUGGAGGCUACAUCCUUCCAUGGCAAGAACCUGCUAAUAAUACCCACUAUAGCCGGAGAAAUUCCCUGGGUCUUAUUGUGGCUUUAUCAGACAAUGGAGUAGCUGAAGGAGAAUUUUUCUGGGAUGAUGGACAAAGCAUCGAUACCUAUGAACAGGGGAAUUACUAUUUCUCAACAUUUUCUGCUAGUCAGAAUCACCUAGAUGUGAAGGUUUUACAUCAGAAUUACAGAGAUCCAAAUAACUUAGCAUUUAAAGAGAUCAAAAUCUUUGGGCAGAAUUUCCAACCAUUUCGAGUUACUGUGAAAGAGAAUAACAUUCCAAUCCAAUCUGAUGCUAAAAUCAAGUAUGAUCCUGCAACAAAGGUGCUUCACAUCACAGGACUUUAUCUUGAACUGGGGAAGCAGUAUACAGUGGAGUGGUCCACAGAUUUCAUAGACACAGAAAAAUUUGACUGCUAUCCUGAUGCAGAUGGUUCUAAUGAAGAAAACUGUAAUUUGCGUGACUGUGCCUGGGAGCCAACCAAUUCUCCAGGAGUCCCUUAUUGCUAUAUCACCAAAUAUUAUUAUACGGCCAGUAAUAUUCAGAAGAGACCAGAGGGCCUAACAGCAGACAUCUCCCGAAAUGUGGAGGUCAACCACUACCCUUCCACGCCCAUUAACCACCUCCGAUUGGAUGUGACAUUCCAUAAAGAUGACAUGCUACAGUUUAAGAUCUAUGAUGCCAACAAUAAAAGGUAUGAAGUCCCAGUGUCCUUAAAUAUUCCAAGUGCCCCCGUCAUCCAACCUGAAAAUCUUCUCUAUGAUGUGACCAUCAAGGAAAACCCAUUUGGAAUUGAGAUCCGCCGAAAAAGCACAGGCACUGUGAUUUGGGAUUCCCAGGUCCCUGGCUUUACCUUUAAUGACAUGUUCCUACGUAUCUCCACCCGCCUCCCAUCUCAGUACAUCUAUGGCUUUGGAGAAACUGAGCACAUGACAUUCCGGAGGAACCUGAACUGGCACACAUGGGGAAUGUUUGCUCGAGACCAGCCCCCAGGGUAUAAGAUGAAUUCCUAUGGUGUGCACCCCUAUUACAUGGGUCUGGAAGAGGAUGGCAAUGCCCAUGGAGUGCUCCUGCUCAACAGCAAUGCCAUGG